AUGGCGGCCCGGAUUAACAUAAACCAGACAUGGCUGUCCCAGCUAGAAGCCGUACGAGACGGACAGAAUCUCACCCUGAGAAUUCUGCGGAAUGACACGGACGGCUCCUCGGCAGGGAAACAAGCACUCGGCAAAUUGGAAGCGCUGGGUGAGAUCCUGGGCGUCAUUACGAAGACCCCCGAGAAACCAAUCGCGGUCCUUUUCGACCCUCUCGGCUGCGACUCGGACCAAAUCUGGAAAUGGAACGCAGAGCUGCCGCCGACCAUCGACCGCUGCAUUCACGACAUCAUCUCCGACCAAGCUGGGACAAGACCAGAGCAAGUCGCCGUUUCUUCUUGGGAUGGCCGUUUCACGUAUGCCGAAGUAGAAUUGAUGUCAACCCGGCUGGCUCUCUAUUUGGUCGCCCAAGGCAUCGUUGUCGGAACUAUUGUUCCCCUGUGUUUUGAGAAGAGCCGCUGGACGAUUGUUGCACUGCUGGCCGUUAUAAAGGCAGGCGGUGGUUUUGCCCUCACGGACCCGACUAGUCAACCCGAAGCCAGAUUGAAGGCGAUGGUUGAGCAAACAGGCGGCAGCUUGAUUGUGGCUUCUCAAGGACAGUCUGACUUGGCGCGACAGAUCGUGCCGCAGAAUGGCCAGGUUGUCACCGUUUCUGACGAAUUGUUCGCCACGUUGAGAAACGGAAUCGAAGGCACAUCGGCAUCCUUGCCGCUCAUCCCGGCCUUGACAACACCACUCUAUAUCCAGUUCACCUCGGGAAGCACCGGGCGACCGAAGGGCGUUGUAGUUUCACACUCCAACUACACCAGCGGCGCGAUUCCGCGAGCAGCCGCGGUGGGGUACACCUCAACAUCGCGGGUGUUUGAGUUUGCAAGCUACGCAUUUGAUGUGAGUAUUGACUGCAUGCUAUGCACGCUCGCAAUGGGAGGCACAAUCUGCAUUCCUUCAGACGCAGAUCGCAUGAACGACCUCGGUGGCGCAAUUGCGGCCAGCGGUGCGAACAUGGCGCACAUGACACCCAGUGUAGCACGCGUCCUCGAUCCAAAGGUCAUUUCUGGGCUUGAUGUCCUCGGCCUGGGCGGCGAGGCUGUCUCGGCAGCUGAUGCGGCGGCUUGGAGCAAAGGAAAGACCAGCGUCAUCAUUGCCUAUGGCCCCUCCGAGUGCACCGUUGGUUGCACGGUGAACAACACAUUCGCUCACGGCAGAGGCGACGACGAGAGGAAGCUGUUCACUACUGGCAACAUUGGCAAGGGCGUUGGCGGCGUUGGCUGGAUUACAGAUCCCCAAGAUUCUGAGCGCCUAGUUCCGGUUGGUGCAGUGGGCGAGCUGCUGAUAGAGGGCCCUGUUGUGGGUUUGGGAUAUCUCGGCGAGCUAGAAAAGACGGCCGAGGUCUUCAUCGAUGAUCCUGCGUGGCUUGUGGCCGGGCACGGCGCCACUCCUGGCAGGCGCGGUCGUCUCUACAAGACAGGCGAUCUCGUCCGCUAUGACGCCGAUGGGUCUGGAGACAUCAUUUUUGUUGGACGAAAGGAUGCUCAAGUCAAGCUUCGGGGACAACGUGUCGAACUGGUUGAGAUUGAACACCAUUUGGGCAGUAGACUCCUAGGCGGAGUAAAGAUCGCGGCCGAGGUCAUCAAGCCGAUUGGUGGUGAACCAACGCUGGUCGUCUUUGCUUGCGACCCCAAUUCUGCUCCCGGCUCCCCAAGAGAGGCGGCGAGUGACGUCGAUGUAGAGCCCUUGGAAUUUUCGGCGGAAAUGGUAGAAGCCCUGGCCAGCAUCGACGAGUCCCUUGCUGCCGACCUUCCUCGGUACAUGGUACCGGCCGCCUACAUCCCUCUUCACGAGAUGCCAUCUCUCGUGUCAGGAAAGAUCGAUCGCAAGAAACUGCGUGAACUUGGGGCUACUUUGACUCGCGAGGAACUAGCCACCAGCAACCGGAGGAACAAAAAGGGGGGGUCCAAACAUCCCGAGACAGACACAGAGCGUGCACUGUGCCGCGUCUGGCAGGCGUUGCUCGGAGACGGAGUCGAAAUUUCCGUCCAGGACAGCUUCUUUGCUCUGGGCGGCGAUUCUCUUAGGGCUAUGAAGCUCGUCUCGUUAGCACGUUCUGAAGGAAUCGCGAUAACUGUCGCCGAUGUUUUCCGGUACCCGGUGCUGCGAGACAUGGCAGUCGUGGCCACCAAGAUACCCUCUUCUGGAGAGGACUCGAAUUCUCAGCACCCAGUUGCACCAUUCUCACUGCUCGAGGCUGACUGGAAUGCGGAGGACGCGCGGAGUGAGGUGAGCAGGCUCUGUGACGUGGACGAGGCCGACAUUGAGGAUGUUUACCCCUGCACACCACUUCAAGAGGCGCUUAUGGCUCUCUCAGCCAAAGUCAGGGAGGCGUAUGUCGCCCAGCGGGUCCUGAAAAUGGACAACAUGGAGUCAGCAAAGCGCCUGAAGACAGCCUUUGGGGCCAUUUCGGCCGACAGCUCAAUCAUGCGCACGCGUAUCAUUCAGGUAUCAAAGCAUGGGCUGAUGCAAGUUCUGGUCAAGGGGCCUGUCGUCUGGCGCUCGGCUGGUUCGCUGGCAGAGUACCUCAAGAAAGACCGCGAGGAGCAGAUGGAUCUCGGCAAGCCGCUGGUGCGAUACGCCAUGAUCAUGGAGGGUGGAAAUGCUCACUUCGUGCUCAGCAUGCAUCACGCCUUAUAUGAUGGAUGGUCCAUGCCCCUGGUUGUCGACCGCGUGAACCGGUUGUAUCAGGGUCUAUCACUGCAGCAACCGGCUGCCGACUUCAAGGACUUUAUCCACUACCUGAAUCACAGCUUGGACCGGACUGCAUGUGAUGCGUACUGGCGCGAUCAGCUUGCCGGUGCCACAGGCGUGCAGUUUCCCCGUCUCCCCUUUGAGGGCUACCAGACCCAGGCCGACUCGCUGCUGGAGCUGGAAGUCCAGUUGGACGGCCGAAGACCGCCGGCUUGCACGAAUGCGACCGUCACGCUUGCCACUGUGAUUCGCGCAGCGUGGGCGCUUGUUGCAUCGCAGUACUGCAGCGGCAACCGCGACAUGGUUUUCGGCGAGACUUUGACAGGUCGGAAUGCGCCCAUUGUUGGCGCCGAUGAGAUCGAGGGGCCCAUGAUCACGACGGUGCCCGUCCGCGUGUCGAUUGACCACGAUGCCACGGUCGAGCAAUACCUCCAGUCCAUUGCCGAGCAAAUGAUCAACCAGAUCCCCUACGAGCACGCGGGACUGCAGCACAUCCGGCGGCUGAGCGACGACGCGCUGCAGGCGUGUGAGCUGCGCACCGGUCUGGUGCUGCACCCUGCUGCCGGCGAGGUGGCCGUCGACGAGAACACGCCGGCGAACGGGCUGGUACCUGCGGGCGACGCCGAGGCUGCCCAGGAAGCACUCAAGUUCAACACGUACGCCCUCAUGCUGGUGUGCGCGCUCUCGGCCGACGGAUUUCUCGUCAUGGCGAGCUUCGAUUCGCACACAGUCGACAAGGACACGGUCCAGCGCGUGCUCGGGCAAUUGCGCAUCGUUGUGUUGCAGCUUUGCGACCAAGACGCAAGGCAGCGGAGGAUCGGGGACGUGCAGUGUCUGACAGAGGCCGACAUGCACGAGCUCCAGCUCUUGGGCAACCAAGUCAAGAUGCCAAGUGCCGACUCGGACACGUUUGAGUUUGAGUUUGCAGAUGGGCUCGAGUCGCUGUGGAUCGUCGACGCUGCUGACAGCCAGCGUUUGGUGCCAAGCGGAGCGGUCGGGGAGCUGCUUAUCGAGACAAGAAGUCAGCUGCCUGCGCCCGCCGUGGCUGUCGCCAGGCCAGACUGGGCCAAGCGCGUGGACAGCGAGCAGCUCGCGAGGCAGUCGCGAUUCUACCGAGCCAGUCGCCUGGCGAGAUUCGACUUCAGUAGCGCUGACUGCCCCACCUUCCGUGUCUUACUCAAGACGUCUCAGCCCAAGGCAGCAGUCGCAGCCCGCAACUUGAAGCGCCCAACAGCGACAGCUCCUGCCGUCACGGCCACCUCGGCCAAGCAGAAGACGCUCCGCGCCAUCUGGGCGCGCCUUCUCAACGUCGACGAAGAUAGCAUCUACUUGGGCGACAGCUUCUUUGCGCGCGGCGGCGACUCUAUCACCGCCAUGAAGCUGGUUUCCGAGGCGCGCCAACAGGGCAUGCACAUCACCGUGGCACUUGUCUUCGCGAAUAGGACGCUCUAUGACAUGGCCAAGGUCUUACAAAAUGCCCCCACGCCCACGCCCAAGUCCACACCCGCGACGUCGGGUUCUUCAGAGGCAGCUGCAACCGGAUUGGCAACCGUGGCAGGGAGGGCGGCCGAGUACCAGCCGAUGGCCCUGUUCCUCUCGUACUUCAUGGGUCGCUUCCGAGAUCAGCUCGCCGACAAGACGUGGAAGAUCUCCGACGUGAUCCCCACGCGGCCGCUUCAGGAGAUUGCUGUGCGCGGCACCGUCGAGCUGCCUCGGUUCUCCCUGCGAUAUGAACUACUGCACUUCAAUGGCAUGGUGGACAAGAUGCGACUUUUCACGGCGUGCCAGGAGCUAGUGUCGCAAAACGAGAUCCUGCGCACUGUCUUCGUCCGGGUGGACGGCACAUGUUACGGUGUCGUGCUGGACAGUCUGCCAAUCCCUGUGAUCGAGUACGAGAUCGACGGCGACAGUACCGAGGAAUUCACCAGCCAGCUCUGCCGAGUCGACGCCCAGACCCGCAUCCCGUACGGCUCUUCUUUUGUCAAGUGGUUUUUCAUCACAAAUGGGAAUCAAUGCAGUCUCGCCUUCAGGCUCUCACAUGCCCAGUACGACGAGAUCUGCCUUCCCAUCUUCCUCAAUCAGCUCCACCAGCUAUACCAGGACCCCAAGACAGUGUCCCCCUCAUUUCCCUUCUCCGCAUUUGUCAACUACACACUGCGGGAUAGCAUACCCCGUGCGAUUCCCUACUGGCGCGAUCUCCUCGCCGGGUCUCGCGGGAUAUCGGUACUUCUCCCGGGCAUACCGGUAACGUCACGCCGCCAUUUCGCCAUCCACCGCUCUGUCAACAUCUCGGCCCGCAGCCGCGACGUCACGGUGGCAACACUACCUUCGGCCGCCUGGGCACUCACACUGGCCCGUCGUCUGCGUGUUUCUGACGUCGUCUUUGGCGAGGUGGCAUCUGGCCGAAGCGUUGACAUUCCCGGCGUGCCCGACGCGAAUGUUAUCGCGGGCCCCUGCUGGCAGUACGUGCCGACUCGCGUGCGGUUCGACAGCGAGCCGCCCAUCAAAACGGGCCACGACCUCCUGGCCACUCUCCAGCACCAGCACAUGACAACGUCGUCGCACGACAGCAUGGGCCUCGACGAGAUCGUGCGCCAAUGCACCGACUGGGACCCGGAAACGACGACUUGGUUCGACACAGUUGUUCACCAAGACGUCGCCCACGUCGAGACGCUGUCGUUUGUCGGCCAAACAGCAAAGUUCGAGACGCUCUACCCUUACGAAGAACCACUGAGGGAGUGGAAGAUCCAGGCAUUCCACGACGGCGACACGCUCACCCUCGAAGUCGUCACAUUUGAGUCGUGGAAGGACCAUGCAGUGAAGUUGCUCGACGACGUGGUCACUUCGCUUGAACAGCUGGUCCAGCAGCCUUGGGACCAGCUUGAUGUCGUGUAA